AAUCUAAAUUGGAGCUCUGUUUAAGACAGACAACGUCUCAAGAUGGACAUGACAAACCAGCCCUUGAGGACGGCAAUCCACCGGAGUGUCCCCCUUGUGCUCCUCAUCUUCCUAUUAUCAUUUACUCAAGUUGGCAUUGUUAAAUCUAUCGGGAUCUACCUUAAAGACAUCUCCAACAGUCUGGGAACAACCUCCAAAGACAUCGGGGUUGCGCUUGGUCUUUUUAACGCCUUGUGCUACUUUCCAGCUCCGCUGUUUAUUGCCCUCCAUGGUGUACAUUGGACUCGACGUCCCCUCUUGAUUGGAGGGUCCAUUUUCAUUUCUCUUGGGGUCAUGCUAACAGCUUUGGCUACCAACAAUGCUUUGAUCGCCGUUUAUUUAUCAAUUUCUGGCCUGGGGUAUUGCAUAGUUGGCAUAUCGGCAACACUCACCUUAAGUCAACUGAUCAGCGAGCAGAACUUCUACCUGUUGAUCGGAUUUGGCACGAGCGGCUUUGGCUUGGGUAUGUUUCUUUUACCACUUCUAGCUGAGCUCUUGGAUGAAUUUUACGGUUGGAGAGGAGGCAUACUCAUUCUAAGUUGCCUGAUGGCUCACAUAGUCCCUUGUGCGGUGGCCGUAAGACUACCCUUGACCGGAAGUCGACCGGUGAACCUAAGCGCGAUUUACCAAGAACUUGAGCAUAGUGGAGUUUCUGAUGAAAGUUUAGUAAACAACUGUUCAAGCGAGGAAGAAGACAACACUCCAUUAUGCCCUAGAGGUGCACACCGCAAUCUGGCAGCUGCUGGUGAAUCUUCAACAUACUCUUCAUUAGUCAACGGAAUGGAAAUGGAAUCUCGUGAAAAUGAAACGAGUGCAAGGCAAACCUUUGCGAGAUUACAUGAUAGUUUUUACCGGUCAGAUUUUUACAGGGACCCUGUUUUUAUUUUCUUAUUUCUUGCUUCCGCCACGUUUGGAAUCGUCUCCUGCGGUUGGCAUUCUUUUCUGGUACCCAGUGCAAUCCAGAGAGGUUAUUCGAUCCGUGCUACGAUACUGGUGACUUUCUACGCAUCAGUAGGAAACUUCAUAGGAAGACUCUUGGGAGGCGCCCUCUCCGGUCGCCUCGCUGAUCCAAUCACCCUGUGCAUCGGUGCUGCGCUUAUGAAUUCCGUUUCUAUUUUGUGUGAUGCUUUCUUUCGCAACUACUAUGUAAUAAUACUUACUUCGUGUAUAUCUGAUUUAAGUCUUGGCGGACUGUCUGUCUUUAUCCUUCUAUCAAUUAAGAAGAGAGCGUCUCCUGGAAGCUUUGAUGUAGCAUUAGCAGUCAACGGUGUAUUCUUUGGUUUCGGUACCUUUCUCGGUGGUUACCUAUCAGGUGUUGUUGGCGGAGUCUUCUCGUACGAUGCAAUAUUCAAGUUUCUUGGUGGUGUACCAAUCUUGAUCUUUGUUCUAAUGCUACCACUUGCUGUGUUUGAGAAACCAGCCGAACUUUGAGUUAAGUGUAUGAUCAUCAUCUUUAACCAUAUAGGUAGAUCUCUACUGUUUUUCUUUUUCUUCAAACUCAACCUGUUUGUAAAAGGAAAGAGAAAACAAUAAUGAGAGUUGAUCUUUUUCAUGACCGUAUGUAUAGGGGGAGAGGUUUGAGUGGGAGCUGAAAUGUGAAAACCUUCAUAAAAAAGAAUAGCAUGACAUCCUUUAAUUCUAUUUAAAAAAAAGCAUAAGACGGCCCUAGGUAACAUUGGUCGCUUCUGGUCCUCGCUUUCUGAAUUUCAGGUUUCUCUACUUUUUGUUCGAAUGUCUGCUGCCCCCCCACAAAAAAAUGCAUCUUUUUAUUUCUGAAUGUUAUUUCAUUUGAUUUUAACACAAUUUCAUAAUCUCAUGCACUAGGUCUAGAUCUAGUCCAACAAGACUCAGUGCUGUGCGACAGCAUUCAUGGCAUCAUGUUACUGCGGCAGCCCAAACACGUACUGUCUGAAGACGUAUCGAGGUCCCCGGGGCAAGGCAUCAUGUAUCUAAAUAAGGUCUAGAUCUAGCCUAGCGAUGUAAUCUCAAUGUAUCUAGACCUAUAAAGUAAAGCUUCUGUUCUAAACCAAGAUCUAGACUCUUUAUCGAUUUAGACAUUUUCGAUGUCUGACUCUUUUAUUCCUGGCUAAAACUUCAUUGCCAUUAUUGACCGAGAGAAGAUCUAGUCCUUGGUCCACUGACAGUUAUACUCGUCGACCUACAUGUAAAUGGAUCUACGCCUAAUUUACAGACCCAGAUCAUAAACCC